AUGGUUUUAAUCAAAUAUAAUCAGAUGAAAGAAUGGUGGUUUCUAAUGAAACUAUAGAAUUUAAACAAACGUUGUAUAGACAUACUGAUUGGAUCUAUUGCUGAGUUUAUAGUAAGAAAAAUAAUUCCUUUAUUUCAAGUGGGGUAGACAUAAGAUAAGAUUCUGGUAGUAAUUAACUUAAAUAAUAAUCUUAUUAACAAAAUUAAGAAGAAGUAAUGUUUAUUAUGUUGAAUUCAAAUUAGGAUUUUCUAUUUUCUGGAUGUCUAGAUAAAUUAAUUAAAGGGUUGAUUUUAAUCAAAAUAAAUUGACAUACUGGUAUUUAUUGGACAAACAUAAUUAUUAUGUUAAUUAAUUAAGUGUAAAUUAUUUAGAAACAUAAUUAGUAUCAUGUGCGUAAGAUUAGAAUUGAAUUAUUAUUUAGGAAAGAAGAGAAGUUUGAAUUCGAAUAUUUUGUUAUAAUAGAUGAAAUUUAUAGUAUUUAGUGUAUUUAUAAUAAAUUAAUACUUAAUAGAUUAAUUGAAUCUCAGUUAUUAAUUGUUCAUCUAUAAAUUAUUCAUUUAAGACUUAGGGUUUAAAGUUAAGUUUAUUUAGGAGAGUUAAUUUUUUUUGGGUGACUGGUUGUAAAUGAAAAGAUAAGUCAUAGAAUAUGAUCAAAUCAAGUAAAGGCUAAAGUUUUAAGAUGAGUUAGUUAAGGAAGCUAUGAUGUAUCAAAUUAGGCUCCCUCUUUGA